GCAAAAGUCAUCAUGUAUAAAAAACGCUCGUCAGUCACUUAAGUGACAUUACAGCUUUAAUUCCGGAGUAGAGUUUGCCUUCAUCGAAAGAGGAAAACAUGGUGUGCGAGGUCAUCGUCUGUUUUGAACAGAACAGGAAAAUACCGUUCGGUGUGUGUCAACAAGAAAAGGAUCUGGCUAUCACUCCUGUGCAGCGUCUGAAGGACCAAAUACAGGAGCGACGCCCUGAGAUAGAAAAGACCAAGAUGGGUCUGAUCUACAAAGCCCAAACCAUGGAAGAAACCCGCCCGUUGGCUGAUUACGGCAUCAAGCACAAGUCUGAGGUCCACGCGGUGAUGCGCUGUGACGGAGGCCUGGAGCUGAUCGUCCUCGACUCUGCUCCACUCUGAUCCACUCAACUCACAACUGGACAUAUGCUUUUAUUUUCUAUAUAACCUAAAAAAUGUCAUAAAUUCAAAUAUGAUCUAAGCAAAUUUGAUCUAAGCUCUCCCGCAGCAACCAUCUGUCCCUUUAUUUUUAUUUAUUUAUAAUCAUUUGUAAUGAUUGAAUUCUUUGUUAUUAUUCUUGGUUAUGUGUGUUUGUUUUUAUCUGCCCAACUGAAUCCUUGUUCUUUUGUUUUUUAAAAGCUGUUUGAAAUAAAAUAUUUUAUCAUACUGAUAUUUGAUCUGAUAUAAUUCUCUUAUUCCCUUAAGUCAAUAAUUGCUGAGAUUUUGUGAUUUUUUUCACUCCUAUUUAUUGAAGGUACGUCAAUUUAAUCAAUUAAUCAAUUGUCAAUUAAUUUGACAACAUAAAUACUGACACAUGCAAAAUAAAAAGUGAUGAGAGGAUAUGAAAAUAACUGUAAAUUGCUCUUAAGUUGAAUGAUUGCUGUUUGCACUUUUUGUUUGUCUGCAUGUUUGAUGGUAAAAAAAUGAAAUAAAGUACCAAAUAUUUCGA